GGUUUUGUUCACGUUUGUGGCUGGUUUUGUCCUCGGAGUUGCGUCCGUUCGUGUCAUGAAGGUGGUGCCCGCCGCCCCCGCCGUCUCCCCGGGCCCUAGCUGCCCUCUCAAGGGCGCGGGGGGAGACCCUUUGCCGCGGGGCCUCUCGGAGCAGAGCGUGACGCUGUCCCGCGUGGGCGGCAGCGGCAGCCCAACUUCCCGAGGAUUGCCUCUCGGGCCGGACCAAGCGGCCGCCGCCGCCGCCGCCUCGCUGCUUCUGGACAUGAAAGGCUGCUACUCGCGCCUGGCCGCCCUGGUGCCCACUUUGCCUCGCCACCGCCGCGUCUCCAAGGUGGAGAUCCUCCAGCACGUGAUCGACUACAUUUGGGAUCUCCAGCUCGAGCUGCAGGACCCGCUGGGCACCGGGGCGCCCCCUCCGCGGGGCGUGGACGAGCCGGCCGGAGGAGCCGAGGCUGCUUGUGUUAGCUCGGAUGACCGAAUCCUGUGCCGCUGAAAGAUCCUUUUUAAAGCCUGCCAGAAGAUCUCUCGAUCUGUGGGAAACGCUUCCUAUCCCUCCAAUGGCUGGGAAAUUGUCUCUACCCCCAUUUCCUUAUCUCCCGAAAUUUGAGCUGGACACGGCAGAUAGAAGAAACUGUUUUUUUUUUUGGAGGUCAAGACAGGAUGGGAGAACAAAAUAUAUAUUUUUGUCCAUCCCUUUCUGGUGCUUUGAAUUCCAUGGCGGGGACCAACGGUUGAGAAUUGGACUCAAAAAAUCCUGCGUCUCUUUUAACGUCUUGAUGGGACAGUGCCUUUUAUUUCCCCUCCUUCUUUCUUUAAGAAAAAAAAACAAAAAGGAAAAAGCAGGGACUGAAACCUCACGCGAAUAUUUCUCAGUUGUCUUGAGAAUCGACCGUAUUGUAUAUUACAAUGCUCCUAUUUCUGAGAAUAUUUUUCUACCAUAGUUUUGGAUCUUGUUAAGGGCGCACAAAUGCAUAUUGCUGUGA